AUGUACAGUAUCUGGACCUUAGUCAGCGCGUUUACAGUAUCAUUUGCAGGUCUGGUUGCUGUUUUAUCUGCAAAAAAUACUCAACUCUGUCAACGUCCCAUUGAUUGCCAAGACGUUCUGUGGUCGGGUCGUAAUUCAAGCGGUGUCUACACAAUAUAUCCCCAAGGGACAGGUGGUUUCAAGGUGUACUGUGACAUGACCACGGCCGGGGGUGGAUGGACGGUUUUUCAAAAACGGAAAAAUGGAAAUGUUAACUUUAACAGAUACUGGAAAGAGUAUCAAUAUGGAUUUGGGGACAUCAGAGGAGAAUACUGGAUUGGCAACCAAAGAAUUCACCAGUUGACAUCUCAGGGUUGGUAUGAACUUAGAGUGGACAUGUCUGACUUUAAAAACAAAAAAAGAUUUGCCUACUACCGAAUUUUCUAUGUUGGGAAUAAAUCUUCCGGAUACCGUUUGAUUGUCGGAGAAUACGAAGGAAAUGCAGGUGAUUCAUUGACAUAUCACAGUGGAAGUUCAUUCUAUGCAAGAGAUCGAGAUAUCAAUAAAUGCUCAAGUAGAUUUAAAGGAGGUUGGUGGUAUAAAAGCUGUCACCACUCUAACCUCAACGGACUAUACCUGAAGGGCAGCCACUCGUCUUAUGCUGAUGGCAUGAACUGGUAUCAUUGGCAUGGUUAUCAUUACUCACUCAAAACAACAGAAAUGAAGAUCAAAAGACAGUAGACAUUCAUUUGUUGUAUGAGCUGGUUUUGGUUCCGAAUUUUAUCAAGGAUAAAUGUUGUGCAAAGAGAAGCAAUGUAUUUUAAACAUUAAUAAAGCUCAUUUUUAUGCUGUUAAAGCC